AUGAGCCAAACAAAGGACUGGAAGGCAUCAAACCGCCACCUCCAGAUCCUAAAGGCUGCUGAGGAAGGUCACUACGGUGUCAUUGCCGCCAUCGCCUACAACAUCGAGCAAAUCCUUGGUCUCGUCCGAGCAGCCGAAAAGGCUCGAUCCCCCCUCAUCCUCCAGUUCUUUCCAUGGGCCAUCCGGUUUUCAGAUGGACUCUUGAUACGGACAGCUGCGGACGCUGCCAGACGAGCUAGUGUGCCCGUGUCUGUCCAUCUUGACCACGCGCAAGAUGAGGCCGUCAUCAAGCUUGCGGCAGAUACGUUGCCGUUCGACAGCAUCAUGGUCGACAUGUCUCAUUACGACAAGGAGGAGAAUCUGAGAAAGACGGCCAAGUGGGUGUUGUAUUGCAACGACAGGCAGAUUGCGACCGAGGCCGAGCCUGGCAGGAUCGAGGGUGGUGAAGACGGCGUUACCGACACGGCAGGGCUUGAGGCCAGCAAGACGACUCCAGAAGAGGUUGAACAAUUCAUUGCAACGGGUGUAGAUGUUCUGGCUCCUGCGUUUGGUAACGUGCAUGGCGAGUAUGGGCCGCAAGGGCCUCAGCUGGACUUUGAGAGGUUCUAUUCAAUCAAAGCACAGCUCAACAAGAGGGCACAUGUUGCUCUCCAUGGCACCAACGGCUUUCCGCCCGACUUAAUGCGCCAAUGCAUCAGAGCUGGGGCAACCAAGAUCAAUGUCAACAGGGCCGUCCUCGACGACUACUACGCUCACCUCAGAGCCGAGAAUGCAAGGGUGAAACCGCAUACUGUUCUCAUGGAGGAAGGUGUGGAGAAGGUGAUGAACCAGACGAUUGAGUGGAUGGAGAUUGUUGGCUCAGCGAGUAAAGCGCCCUCUUCAUAG